CGCUCAAUAAAAACAAAUUGGCAUGAACAGAAAUACACUAUACAAUCAAAAAUAACAAUUACAACUGCAACUUAAAACUCUGGGAUACAGCAUAGGGAGCGGAGAGGAAAAGCAAUGACGUCUUCAACUUAUCACCCACUUAGGUAACUCAUAAUAUUGGGGGCAAGUGUUUGUAAUCCUAAUAGACUCUGACCCUAACCUAUGGCUCGUGUAUUUUGAGUAACCGUACUUAUGGCUUCGGGUUUCGGGACAACUUCUAAAACAUGCCAGAGGCUAUCAUGGCUAGCGAAGAGGUAUUACUCAGAACAAGCUCUGCCGAAAAUAACAACGCACUAUACCAUCGUACCAAGAGAUAGUGACCCACGCUGGAAAGAUGUCAAUAUGGAACGAUAUGUUGAUGAGACAGACAUCCUCAUUGUUGGAGGUGGUCCAGCUGGAAUGUCUGCGGCAAUCCGCCUAAAACAGCUGGCAGAAAAAAGUGGAAAGGAGCUACGAGUAACUCUUGUAGAGAAAGCUGCAGAAAUAGGAGGGCAUAUUCUAUCUGGAGCUUGCAUUGAACCUGUAGCCCUUGAUGAGCUCGUACCUGACUGGAAGGAAAAGGGAGCACCUCUUAAUACACCUGUUAAGGAAGACAAAUUUGCAUACCUUACAGAGAAAGGGAGGAUACCAGUCCCCAUCUUCAGCUGGAUGCCAAUGUACAAUCAUGGCAACUAUGUUGUCAGGCUGGGUCAUGUUGUUCGUUGGCUUGGGGAGCAGGCUGAGCAACUUGGUGUUGAAAUGUAUCCUGGGUAUGCAGCUUCAGAACUGCUGUUCCAUGAAGAUGGUAGCCUUAAGGGUGUUGCUACAAAUGAUGUAGGAAUAGCAAAAGAUGGUUCACCUAAGGAAACUUUUGAGCGUGGUAUGGAACUGCAUGCAAAGUGCACACUCUUUGCAGAAGGUUGCCAUGGGCAUUUAUCAAAGCAACUUUUUAAUAAAUACAAGCUACGUGAAAAUUGUGAAGCACAGACGUACGGCAUUGGAUUGAAGGAAGUAUGGGAAAUUGUACCAGAGAAACAUAAACCAGGCACUGUUGAACAUACUAUUGGAUGGCCAUUGGAUCGGCAUACGUAUGGUGGCUCAUUCCUGUAUCACCUUAAUGAACCAUCUCCUUUGGUCGCAGUUGGUUUUGUUAUUGGCUUAGACUAUACAAAUCCAUACAUAAGUCCCUUUAGGGAAUUUCAGAGGUUUAAACAACAUCCAUCUGUCAGACCCACAUUUGAAGGAGGAAAAAGGAUAGCCUACGGUGCAAGAGCUUUGAAUGAAGGUGGAUUUCAAGCAAUACCAAAGCUAACAUUUCCUGGUGGAUGCCUUAUUGGUUGCGCUGCAGGUUUCUUAAAUGUUCCUAAAAUAAAGGGUACUCACUAUGCGAUGAAAAGUGGUAUGCUUGCUGCAGAAAGUAUCUUUGAGGCACUUGAUGAAACAUCGGAAACAACAGGCAUUGAACCAAAAUCUUAUGAGGAUAAAAUUAAGAAUAGUUGGAUUUGGUCAGAUUUAAAAAGUGUAAGAAAUAUACGCCCAUCAUUCCAUAAUCCACUGGGAUUAUAUGGAGGGUUAAUGUACUCUGGCUUCAGUUUGGUGAUUGGAGGCCGAGAACCGUGGACAUUCAGUCAUGGUGAUCCUGACUGGAAACGACUGAAACCAGCUUCAGAAUGCAAGCCUGUGGAGUACCCUAAACCAGACGGUGAAGUGAGUUUUGACUUGCUAACAUCAGUAGCUCUGACUGGAACUAAUCAUGAAGGUGACCAACCACCACACCUGACAUUGCGUGAUGAUACAGUGCCUGUUAAACGAAAUCUUGCCAUUUUUGAUGGUCCUGAGGGUCGCUUUUGUCCAGCAGGAGUGUAUGAAUUUGUUCCACUUGAAGAUGGCACUGGGCAGAGAUUGCAGAUAAAUGCACAAAACUGCAUCCACUGCAAAACUUGUGACAUUAAAGACCCAAGCCAGAACAUCAAUUGGGUGGUACCAGAAGGUGGUGGUGGACCAGCUUAUAAUGGAAUGUAAAUGCAGAGUACCACAUGGCAUCAUGCAGAGUCAGCAUCUUAUCAUCAAAGAUUACUGGUUAUCUGGUUAAAAUAAAUCACAUGCCAAUGUUUUUAAUUUAUCUGACAUUUUUUUCAUUGUAUUGAGUUUUUGGCUUAUGACUUUCUGUUUAAGUGAUCGGUGACUUUUGUGGCAUGAUUCUCACACUGAUAAUUAUAAUGUGUCAUUGCUUGUAAAUGUAUCAUUGUCAGUUCAAUAUAAUAUUACAUCUAAUGAAGUAUUUAUGCAGAAAUAAUGAAAGUGAUCAUGUAUUUGCAGUGAUUCUUUAACUUAAUUCAAACUGAGUUAAAUGAAUAAUAAUUCAUUUGAAUAAUUUAUGACACAAAGAAACCUAAGCAACUUCUUCAACAUCUUUACAGUCAGCUUGUUAUCUUACAGAGUUAAAAUUUACUAGCAUUGGUCACUCUGAAGAUAAACAACAGAUUCCUAAAGAAUGUUGAAUCAGACUACUUGUGAUUUCAAUGUAUGACCCUCUACAAUGCACAAAACUGCAUGAUGCCAGCUUUGACUUCUUGCCUUCAAAUCAGUACAAAUGAGCAACUGGUGAAAUAGAAUUAAUAAACUGUUAGCCUCUUCACAAUUUUCUGUAAUUACAAUAAUUUGUUCCUGGAUUAUAGAAAGCUGCUAAUGGAGAUAAGUUGCACUGAAGACUGACAUCAGUUAUUAUAUAAGUGAAUACCAAUUAUUCUGGGCACAGUGUGCAAAAGUUCACAGACAGUUAAUAUUCAGAUUUUCUUGAUUUUUUUUUAAUUGGUCACUAACAGCUUCAUGAAACAACCUAAAUUUACCAUGUUUGGCAAAUAAUAAAACAUGUUAAUGUUCAGUAAGUAAUAUGGCAGCUAGAUUCAUUGAUUCUUGUAUAUGAUCUGCGUAACUGAUAAGAUACAAGAGCUUUUUUCAAUUCGAUCUUAGAAGAAAGUACACAAGUUUAUAGCCAUGAUAUCAUAUAUUAUGAUAAAAAUUAAUGGUGACUGUGAGAAAACAUCAUACAUAUUUUUCAUUCUCUUUUGUGCAUGAUAACUCAUGUGACAUAUUUCCUGUGGUAGUUUUUGAAAAUACUAUAAAUGUAAAAUCAUAUCUUAUAUUCUCUUGGAUAGGAGAAUGAUAAGAACUCAACACAUUUCAUCCAAGUUGGUCAUGGAUUAAAUAUAAUUGGCACUUUUUAGGCAAUUGAUUAUAAUUAUCUUUCUUGUGUUGUUAUUUUUAUAUAUUUUUGUAGUAAAAUUGUUCAUUUUUAAGAAGUAAAUUUUAUUUUUUUGAGAAAAUUAUUAA